UCGUUCAAAACAAAAGAUUGCAAAGCUUCACGCAAGCAGUGUUUCGAAAACGCACAUCGCUAGUUUUACCUUUCUCCUAGUUACCUACAGUUUAUUGAUAGAUGAACGCAAUGACCAGUUAAUAAUUAAACUAGGCAGUAUAUGUUGAGGCGGGACACUGGUGGUCUCUCCCGCUAUUGCUGGCAAUCAUGAGACUCGUAGUGUGUUUUCUUUCUCUGCUCACUGUGUUCGGCCCUGCAAAAUGUGGGAAUGUUUUAGUUUGGUUUACUGAGGGCAGUCACUGGAUCAAUCUGAAGAUCGUGUUGGAAGCACUGAUUGACAGGGGACACAAUAUCACAGUUUUGAUACCGGAUACCUCUCUCUACAUGAAAGCUAAAGAAUCGGAUCGCUUCUCAUACCAGCCCUUUAAUGUGUCCAUGGAUGAAGAGGAUAUGCGCAACUUCAUUGACGAGUUUGUGUAUUUCUCCGUGUAUGAAACUGAUGAGUUAAACUUCCUGCAGAUUCUAAUGAAAGUCUACAAGUUUGCUAACAUUAUUCAGGAUAUGAAUCUGUUACACUGUGAUGGCAUUCUGAAAUCAUCGGAGGUGAUGGACAUAUUGCGGAAUGGAAAGUUUGACGUUGUUCUGUCAGAUCCGCUCUAUCCGUGCAGCGAUAUUGUGGCUGCAGAGCUGAACGGUCCCUUGGUUUACACGUUCCGUGCUGUAGAGCGGAUGUGUGGUCAGAUACCAGCUCCACCUUCAUUUGUGCCUGCAUCUAUGAGUAAACUCACAGACAAGAUGGACUUUAAAGAGCGAAUCAUCAAUAUGCUGUUCUACCUUCCUCUAAAUGUUUUUUCCACUUUUGGCUUGAAAAGAUUUGACAACUAUUACACUGAAUAUUUAGAUGGCAGUCACUGGAUCAAUCUGAAGAUCGUGUUGGAAGCACUGAUUGACAGGGGACACGAUGUCACAGUGCUGGUUCCGGGUACCUCUCUCUACAUGAAAGCUAAAGAUUCGGAUCGCUUCACCUAUCAGCCCUUUAACGUGUCCAUGGAUGAACAGGAGAUGCGAGACUUCAUUGAGGAAUUUCUGUAUUUCUCAGUGUAUGAGAUGGAUGAGUUAAACUUACUGCAGAUUCAAAAGAAAGUCUUGGAGUUUACUUCCAAACUUCAGGAUAUGUCGAUAGCAUAUUGUGACGGCGUUCUCAAAUCGCCAGAGCUGAUGGAUAAAUUGCGGAAUGGAAAGUUUGAGGUUGUUCUGACAGAUCCGAUCUACCAGUGCAGCGACAUUGUAGCGGAAGAGCUUAACGUUCCUUUGGUUUACACGUUCCGUUUAUCCAUUGCUAACGUUGCAGAGCGGCUGUGUGGUCAGUUACCAGCCCCACCAUCAUAUGUUCCUGGAGUCAUGAGUAAACUCACGGACAAGAUGAGCUUUACAGAGCGAAUCAUUAAUAUGCUCUUCUACCUUUCUCAAGAUUUUUUUGCCACUAUUGCUUGGAGAAAAUUUGACACUUAUUACAGUGAAUAUUUAGGACGGCCCACUACCUAUUGUGAGAUGAUGGGUAAAGCUGAUAUUUGGUUAAUCAGAACCUACUGGGAUUUUGAGUUUCCACGGCCAUUCCUGCCCAACUUCAAAUAUGUUGGAGGCCUUCACUGCCGCCCUGCCAAACCAUUACCUGAGGACAUGGAGGAGUUUGCACAGAGCUCAGGGGAUGAUGGGAUUGUGGUCUUCACUCUGGGGUCUUUGGUAGACAAAAUGCCCAAAGAGAUAAGCAAUAAGAUCGCCUCAGCACUGGCACAGAUUCCACAGAAGGUUUUAUGGCGAUAUGGUGGAGAGAAGCCAGAUACUCUCGGUGAAAACACCAGAAUCUAUAAGUGGAUCCCUCAGAAUGAUUUAUUGGGUCACCCUAAAACUAAAGCAUUCAUCACUCAUGGAGGCACUAAUGGCAUAUAUGAGGCCAUUUAUCAUGCCGUUCCAAUGGUCGGGAUCCCUUUAUUUGGUGACCAGCCUGAUAAUUUGGUUCAUAUGAAGGCCAGAGGUGCUGCUCUUGUCAUAGACAAUAUUAAAACCAUGGAGCCGCAAGACCUGGUGGAUAAACUCAAUACCGUCAUUAAUGAUCCCUCGUAUAAAGAAAAUGCUAUGCGUUUGUCCAGGAUUCAUCAUGACAGACCAGUGAAGCCUUUAGAUGAGUCUGUGUUCUGGAUUGAGUUUGUCAUGCGCAAUAAAGGUGCUAAACACCUGCGUGUCGAGUCCCACAACCUUACCUGGUACCAGUACCACUGUCUGGAUGUGUUCGCUUUUCUCAUCACUAUCCUGACUGUAGUCCUCUACGUCUUCUUUAAAAUGUGCAAAUUCUUCAUAAUGCGUUGCUGUUUUAGAUCAAAGAGGAAAAGCAAAAAAGAGUGAAAAGGUUUUUUGCUUACUUUGAACAAUCUAUAUGAUUUGAACAUUCUACAUUUUUUUAACAUGCACUGAAAAACAGGUAUGAGGUCAUGUCAAUGCACUAUUAAUCCAGGGUAUUCAUGAUUAAAGAUUUCACAGUUCAUGCUUGAA